GUGAACAAGUCAUUCCAGCUGCUUCGGAGGGAAUGCCAUGCUACGAGCGAGUUCUGCCCUUCUCUCAGACCACUUGCGGGCGAUUGACAGGCUUGCUAUAUGACCUCCACCUUCUUUCUUAGCCCUCGGGCGUUCAUGACGAUGCUCUAACCCGUCUCAAGUGUAUCCUUCCCUGCGGUUCAUAUCCUGCCCACAAUUUGUUCCUAUGCCAUCGUCGGGCUAACUCCCCAGCCUUGUCGCGCCUCCCUUCCACCACCCGCCAUCAGACAGUCAUGACUCCGAGCAAUACCGUCCAAGAUUCUGUACAGAGAGCCUCACUCACCGACCCGGAAGCGUUCUGGGAUAAACAUGCAAAAGAACUUCACUGGCACAAACCUUACAGCACUGUCCUACGGCGGCAGACCAAGAAGCUCAAAGAUGGCACGGAGCAUCCUCACUGGUCGUGGUUUCCAGAUGGCGAGAUCAGCACCACAUACAAUUGUAUAGACCGCCAUGUCAAGGCGGGGAACGGUGAUAAAGUUGCUAUGAUCUGGGACAGCCCGGUGAGCAAAUCGAAAGAAAAGUAUACAUAUAGCCAGAUGCUGGAAGAGGUGGAACUGUUAGCCGGCGUGCUAAGAGAAGAAGGAGUCAAGAAGGGCGAUGUUAUCCUGGUAUAUAUGCCCAUGAUCCCGGCGGCCAUCUUCGGUAUGCUGGCAGCUGCCAGAUUGGGCGCCAUACAUGCGGUGGUAUUUGGAGGCUUCGCGGCCAACAGUCUGGCGCAAAGGUUAGAAGCGUCCAAACCGAAAGUCAUACUGACGGCCAGCUGCGGUAUUGAGGGUGCCAAAGGUCCACUCGACUAUCGUCCUUUUGUCGAAGGCGCCAUUGGGCAGAGCAGCUUCAAGCCGAGCAAGACGAUCAUCUGGCAACGUGAGAUCAAGAGGUGGGACCCUGUCAACAAAUCAGAGGGUCAGAGGAAUUGGCAACGGCUGAUCAAGAGUGCUCGAAUGCGGGGUGUUCGAGCUGAGGCUGUUCCCGUCAAGAGUACAGACGGCUUGUACAUCAUCUAUACUAGCGGAACGACUGGGCUACCAAAAGGCGUGCUCCGCGAAGCUGGCGGGCAUGCUGUAGGCCUCAACCUGAAUAUCAAGUACCUGUUCGACGUCAAGGGUCCUGGAGAUGUCAUUUUUACCGGCAGCGACAUCGGCUGGGUCGUCGGUCAUUCUUAUAUCGUGUAUGCGCCACUGCUUGCCGGCGCCACCACCGUUCUUUACGAGGGCAAACCAAUCGGGACGCCUGACGCGGGCGCUUUCUGGCGCAUGGUCGACGAACACAAAGUCACAUCGCUCUUCACUGCACCCACAGCGCUGAGGGCGAUAAGAAAAGAAGAUCCUGAAGAUAGGUUCUUCAAGCAAUUUGGCGAGAAGGGUCACUUAAGGCAUUGGCGCGGACUGUUCCUUGCUGGCGAAAGAUCAGAGCCGUCAAUAGUCACACAUUAUCAGGACCUCUUGAAGGCAUAUGCUGCGCCGGACGCCCGAGUCGUCGACCACUGGUGGUCAAGCGAGUCUGGUAGUCCGAUGACAGGGCUUGCAUUGCGACCGGCUAUCGGUCUCGACCACAACAGCCAAGAGACGCACACAGCGCUGGCUAUUAAGCCUGGAAGUGCGGGCAAACCCAUGCCAGGCUUCGACGUGCGGAUAGUUGAUGAUGAAGGUAACGAGGUCGAACAAGGAAAGAUGGGGAACAUCGUGCUCGCCAUGCCCCUUGCUCCGACCGGAUUUACAACGCUGUUCAAUGAUGAAGCUCGGUUUUACAAGGGCUAUCUGAAACGGUUCAACGGCAAGUGGCUUGACACUGGCGAUGCUGGGAUGAUAGAUCAGGACGGGUAUCUUCACGUCAUGAGCCGAAGCGAUGAUAUUAUCAAUGUGGCGGCACAUCGGUUUAGUACAGGUGCCAUCGAACAAGCUAUAACGUCACACUCGUCCGUUGCCGAGGCCUGUGUCGUGGGCGUCCCGGAUGCCAUGAAGGGUCACUUACCAUUCGCAUUUGUCAUCCCGUCGGCCUCGACUGCGGACGAUUUGCCUGCGACGCCGUCCAAGGAGUUCUUCACGAGUAUCAAUAACAUUGUGCGCACGCAGAUUGGCAACAUUGCGUCGUUGGGCGGCAUUAUCCAGGGUAAAGGCAUGAUUCCCAAGACGCGCAGUGGGAAGACCCUACGAAGAGUGUUGAGGGAGUUGGUGGAGAAAGCUGCUGAGAACAAGUUUGAUGAAGAGGUCAAUGUCCCCGCUACGGUGGAGGACAAGGAGGUUGUUGAGAUUGCGAGGCAGAAGGUCAGGGAGUGGUUUGAGGAGAGGAAGAAGCAGCAGGGGACGGAGAAGGCGAAAUUGUAGGUAUGUGGAAUAUGUUGUAUAUAGCGUCAACGCGGUCUUUUGGGCUAUACGGAGUAUACUGCAG